ACCCUUGGAAUUCUCUCUCUUUCGGCUUUUCCCAUCUGUGUUGUCUGUUAUUUGUCGAGAAGAGAGAGAUGCCGGGGUCUCAUGAUCAACGUGCAAGAUCUGCGAAACCCACAACUAUCCAUGGCUGUGCGCAAUCAGGAGAUCUCGUCGGCCUUCAGAAGAAGCUUCAGGAGAACCUAUCUCUUCUCAACGAUCGAAAUGCUGUCAUGGCGCAGACACCACUUCAUGUUUCUGCUGGUUACAAUAAUGUUGAGAUAGUUAAGUUUCUUCUCAAUUGGCGAGGGCCAGAAAAGGUCGAGUUGGAGGCCAAAAAUAUGUAUGGAGAAACUCCAUUGCACAUGGCUGCAAAGAAUGGAUGCAGUGAAGCAGCAAAACUGCUUCUUAAUCAUGGUGCUUUUGUGGAGGCUAAAGCCAAUAAUGGAAUGACGCCCUUGCACCUUGCAGUAUGGUACUCACUCCGUGCUGAGGAUUGCCUUACUGUGAAGACACUGCUCGAGUACAAUGCUGAUUGCAGUGUUCAGGACAAUGAGGGCAUGACUCCUCUAAAUCAUCUAUCACAAGGCCCGGGAAGUGAGAAGUUGCGGGAAAUUCUCCAUUGGCAUGUUGAAGAGCAGAGGAAACGUAGAGCCAUUGAAGCAUGCAGUGAAACAAAAGCAAAGAUGGCUGAACUCGAAGAGGCAUUAACACAUCUUGUGGGGUUGCAUGAUCUCAAACUACAACUACGGAAGUGGGCCAAAGGAAUGCUAUUAGAUGAGAAGCGGAGAGCCCUUGGGCUCAAGGUUGCCACACGGAAGCCCCCUCAUAUGGCAUUCCUUGGAAAUCCUGGUACAGGUAAAACAAUGGUUGCUCGAAUCCUCGGGAGACUACUCCAUAUGGUAGGAUUUUUACCUACUGACAAAGUAACAGAAGUGCAGAGGACUGAUUUGGUUGGAGAAUUUGUCGGGCACACAGGGCCCAAGACUAGAAGAAAGAUCAAAGAAGCUGAGGGAGGAAUCCUCUUCGUGGAUGAAGCCUAUCGGCUGAUACCCUUGCAGAAGGCUGAUGAUAAGGACUAUGGGUUGGAGGCCUUGGAGGAGAUCAUGUCUGUCAUGGACAGUGGAAAAGUAGUUGUCAUAUUUGCUGGCUACAGUGAGCCAAUGAAGCGUGUAAUCUCCUCAAAUGAAGGCUUCUGCAGAAGGGUGACCAAAUUCUUCUUCUUUGUUGACUUCAGUUCUGAAGAACUAGCUCAGAUACUCCAUUUGAAGAUGAGGAAUCAAGAAGAAGACAGUUCACUGUAUGGGUUCAAGUUGCACCCAUCCUGUAGUGUAGAUACCAUUUCUGAUCUGAUAGAGAGAGGAACAACAGAGAAGCAGAGAAAGGAGAUGAAUGGAGGAUUAAUAGAUCCAUUGCUAGCCAACGCUAGAGAGAAUUUGGAUCUUAGGCUUGGUUUUGACUGUGCAGAUGUGGAUGAGCUACUAACAAUCACCUUAGAGGAUCUAGCAGCAGGCCUCCGGUCGCUAUCCCAGUGAGUGGGAUUCAAUAGGAUUUUUAGAAUCAUCUCACGGCAACUUGUUUCAAUCCCUAACAUUUAAGCGCGGUAAGCAUAUCUCCCAUCUCACCAAGCUCAAGUUGCCAUAGAGGAUACCGAUGCUGGCUUUAAGUGGGUUUGACAUCUUGGUGGGUGAUCCCA